CUUCUGCUUGUUAAACAUCGUUAUGCUCGCCAAUAAACUUUGUGAGCAUUGCAUAUAAACUGUAUGUGCGAGAUAUCAUAGAUUUUUGCAGUAUGCUUUUACACAUGCAACUUAUAUGCAAUGUUCACAACAUUUAUGUACGAGUGCUCGAAUGUGUGCAUAAAUGCUUAUAGUCAAACAAGAUGGCGAAAAUUGAAAAACAGCAUAAUUUGCAGCAGUUCUGAAAUUUUCUUAAAAGUCAAACGAGUUAAAAAAAACUGGUUGCAGAGUGAAUGGUUCGGCGUCCGUUUGAUCCGACGGCAUCAUUUCGGUAACCCGGAAUCCAGAAUGUGGUCUCAUCGCGGCAAUUGGAAUGCGGUUCGGUGGAUCCUGGGGAGGUGGAUAGUACGGAGGUUAUCGGGACAGCAGGUGCGACAAUGGACGGAUCGAGUGAGGAUUGGGGAUAUAAAGAAGAUCAUCGACGUCCUCCCUUUCGGAUCACUCGCACACUUCCAGCUUGUCCUCAACGUUCGGAGUGUCACAACCAGCGCCAACACCGGCGUCCAACGAUCUGCUAUCGGACCUGAGCGGACUUUCGCUGUGCAGUAUUUACGCUGGCGCCAAGUUGAGCCGGGAUCUUUGUCAGCUGCGGCCGGAAACGUCCAGGAUUCGUUCCGGAGAGGAGUGGGACGCGAUUCGGAGGGGUCUGGAUGGUCUGAUCAAGUGUUGCCGGGACCGAGAAACCCGGAGCAGGUGCACUCAUUCAAAACAACGAACAACACGACCUCCUUCCGGAACUUCUCACCGGAGAUUGGCUCUACCUCGUAACCCACAAGAUCCCCUCUUUAGCACCUUCCCCCGACCCGGACAAAUUGCUACUUCUAGCGAUGGCAGAGUUGGGAGAGCGUCCAAGGCGGGUUCAAGUUCAAUCGAUUGCAAUUUGACGAGCGGACCUGGUGGAGGAGCGGUCCAACCCACAAGUGCACCCUGAAAGCAAAGCGAGUCAGCAACGACGCAUGCUGUCAAAGUCUGGUCACUUGCCAAUGCCAUGCCAAAAGAGAUUCCCACC